AUGAUACUUCUACGGAAUAUUAUAUUACUGGAUUUGAAGAGGAGUAAUAUGUUAAAUGUAAAUAAUUACCAAAAAAUAAAAUAUAUAUUAAAUAAUAGAAGAUUUUUUACUAUACUAAAAAAUGAGAGACUAGAUAGAUUAAAAAGAGAAAUUCGCUAUAAGCCAAAUGAUAAUUUUUUAAUAUUACAAUUUUAUAAAGAAGCAAAUGUGCAUAACCCAAAUGAAGUUAUAAAGCACUAUGAAAACACUAAUUACAUAAAAAAUGAAAGUAUUACAAAAGAAUAUAUAAAAGCAUUAGUUUAUACAAAUAAGUUAAAAUAUACAAAUCUUGAUAAUAUAAAAUAUAAUAGUGAUAAUAUGUCUAAUAGAAGAAACAUUGAAGAAGUAAACAUAAAUCAAAUGAAUGAUGAACGUUCAAAUAAUUAUGACUCAAAAAAUUUAAAUAUAGAUCAACCUUACAAUAAUUUAUCUCAUUCAACAAAUAAAACAGAUUAUAUAGAAAAAAAAAAAAACCCUUCAAGCGAAGUUUACAGUUUGCAAAUAGAUCCGAAGAAACCUUUAAAAGUAUCUGUAAUAGAAGGAAAUAAAAAAGGGUUAUGGAAUUUAUUUAAAUCAACAAUUGGAUUUCUAAUACUAGUAGCAGCAGCAAGUGUAUAUUUAGAAGGAGUUUCACAAAAUGUACAGAAAGGAAUAGGAGUAGUAAAUAAAAAAAUAAUCCCAGUAGAAAAUGUUAAGGUGACCUUUGCAGAUGUAAAGGGAUGUGAUGAAGUAAAAGAAGAAUUAGAGGAAAUAAUUGAUUAUUUAAAAAAUUCAGAGAAAUUUACAAAAAUUGGUGCUAAAUUACCUAAGGGAAUUUUAUUAUCAGGAGAACCAGGAACAGGAAAAACAUUAAUUGCGAGAGCUAUCGCAGGAGAAGCUAAUGUUCCAUUUCUUCAAGCAUCAGGAUCAGAGUUUGAAGAAAUGUUUGUUGGAGUUGGAGCAAGAAGAAUUAGAGAGCUUUUUCAAGCUGCCAAGAAACAUGCCCCAUGUAUUGUAUUUAUUGAUGAAAUAGAUGCUGUAGGAUCAAAAAGGAGCAAUAGAGAUAAUAGUGCAGUAAGAAUGACUCUUAACCAAUUAUUAGUAGAAUUAGAUGGUUUUGAACAAAAUGAAGGAAUUGUUGUAAUAUGUGCAACAAACUUUCCUCAAAGCUUAGAUAAAGCAUUAGUGAGACCAGGAAGAUUAGAUAAAACUAUUGUAGUUCCAUUACCAGAUAUAAAAGGAAGAUAUGAAAUUUUAAAAAUGUAUAGUAGUAAAAUUUUAUUAUCGGAUGAUGUAGAUUUACAUGUUUUAUCUAGGAGAACAGUUGGUAUGACUGGUGCAGAUUUAAAUAAUAUUCUUAAUAUAGCAGCUAUAAAAUGUUCUGUAGAAGGAAAAAAGUCAGUAGAUAUGAAUUCUAUUGAACAAGCUUUUGAUAGAGUUGUUGUAGGACUUCAAAGAAAAUCUCCAUUGAAUGAAGAAGAAAAAAAUAUUACAGCCUAUCAUGAAGGUGGUCAUACUUUAGUUAAUAUUUACACAAAAGGAUCUGACCCUGUUCAUAAAGCAACUAUUAUGCCGAGAGGAAUGUCAUUAGGAGUCACAUGGAAAAUUCCAAUUAAUGAUAAAUAUAGUCAGAAAAUUAAGGAUGUACAAAGUGAAAUAGAUGUAUUAAUGGGUGGUUUAGUCUCCGAAGAAAUUAUUUUUGGAAAAAAUAAUGUUACAACUGGUUGCUCUAGCGAUUUGCAAAAAGCUACACACAUAGCACAAUCUCUUGUUAUGAAUUAUGGUGUUGGUAUAAAUGAAGAAAAUAUAUCUAUGUUUUUGCAAGAUAAAAAAAAUAUUAGUGAAGAAAUGAAAAUUAAAAUAGAUAAAUCUAUUCAGAGAAUAUUAUUAGAUUCUUACAAUAGAGCUAAAAACGUUUUAAAUCAACACAUUGAUGAAUUGCAUAGAAUUGCUGCAGCUUUAGUUGAAUAUGAAACCUUAACAAGCGAAGAAAUUAAAUUAGCUAUGCAAGGAAAAUGUGAUCAAAUAAAAAAAAAUAGAGAAAUGAAGCAAAAAGAGUAUAACUUAAAAGACAAUAGAAUUUCUUAG